UAGAAGAAUAAUUUGAAAAGAACAUUUGCCUUCUGUGAUUUACAGUCUAGAGUCAUCAUGAAUUUGUUUUAAAACAUGCAAAACACCUCCUGCUUCCAUCCGUCACUCUGACACAUGAACAUCAUUAAUAACCCACACACAAAUUUAUUAAUGUAUAUUCGGACCAGGAACCAGUGAACAGCAGUCAGUGAGAUUGGAGAUACAGGAGAAGGACGAUCACCAACAAACACUGCUAACAAGGCCUCCAUCUACAAACAGUAGAUAUGUCACUCAACUCCUCGUCCCCCUCCAACUCCUCCCUUGGUUCGGUACCCCUCAAUUGCUCCAGCUCUAAUGUUAGCUUUUUAAUCGGCUCUGCCUUCAUCGUCACCAAAGCCUUCCUCCUCAUCCCUCUCUCCAUCCUCAUCCUCUAUCUGGGUCACCAACGAUGGCGGCGGCAGCACUCCUUCACUACGACUAGCCACUCUGACAUCUUCACCUACCACAUGGCUGCCAUAGAGCUGAUCGGGGGCUUGGGGUCAGCCUUCUUCUUUUGCGGCUCCUCAGUUGAUCUCCCACAGAUGGUGAUAGCGGGGUACUGCCUUUCUUUCAUCAAUUUCUGUGGAGAGAACUUCUUUCACCUCCUGACCUGCGUGGAGCGAUACCUGGCUGUUGUUCACCCCGUCACCUACCUGGGGCUGAGAAAUGUGCGUGGGGUCAGGAUCAGAAACAUCAGCAUUGGUUGUGCUUGGCUGCUGUGCUUCGUAUGGACCGGCACAAUAAGUCUGCACUAUCCCACUUCACCCACCGUCCUAUUUUUCAGCCCUUUGGUCUUCUCUUUAGUUGUCAUGUCUUUCUGCAGCAUUUCUGUUCUCCGUGUUCUGAUUCGUCCAGGGCCAGGUGAAGGGGGGAAGGACAAGGAGCGAGCUGACCUAUCCAAGCAAAGGGUGUUCGUCACCAUUUUGGCCAUAAUGGGAGUGCUGUGGUUGUGGUUUGUAGGGUUCCUUGUUUCCUAUGCUCUGGACACCUUGGUACUGCUGAGCCCCAGUGUCAGCUGUGUGGUGAAGGCUUCUGCAUUCUGGUUUACUCUGCCCAGCAGUUUGGUGUUACCUCUGCUGUAUCUACAAAGGGCAGGAAAGCUGUCAUGUUGCUGUUAUAAUAGUGGGUAAAGAUAAACAUUGGAUUACAUUAUAUUGCACUGUAUCGGACCCAUGGACAGUUUGUUAUAUCAGAUUACAGUAGGUUGUAGUGGAGUGAGAUUGUUUUGAUAUGACUAAAUACAAGAAAUUCGGAGCAGAUAAUAUGUUCUGAACAUUUAUCAAUCCCACCUG